CUUUUCUUUCUUCUUUGUAUAAGAUAUGCUUUGUCAUCUAUUAUACUUAGUGAUUGGUAUAAUAUCAUCCGUUAUUGGUAUCGAACAAGUUGGUAUCAAUUCAUUGCCUGCAAGUAAUCCAGUCAAACAGCCAUGGAUUUGGCCUUUGCCACAAUAUUGGACUAGAGGUCAUUUCACUUUGAAUGUGUCUCGUCUCGAGUUUGAGUAUGAUCAUCACAAUAGUAUUUUGAAAAAGGCCAUCCAUCGUUACACCAAAGAUAUUUUUUAUCUCAAAGAUGAUUAUCCUAUGAUUCCUUAUAACUGGACUACUACUGAUUCAUCCAUCCAUGGUCGUUUGAAUAAUGUGAAAAUAGAAUUGGAUCAUCCUGAUGAUACUCUUCUUGAUUUAAAUACAGAUGAAUCCUAUGAAUUGACUAUUCCCUCUACCCAUCAUGUCAUCAUCAUCAAGGCAAAAAAUGUUUUUGGUGCUUUACAUGCCUUGGAAACAUUAUCUCAAAUCAUCCAAUGGUCUCCAGUUCAUCAAGUUCAUGUGAUUCCUAAUGCACCUUGGUCUAUUAAGGAUUAUCCCAAAUAUGCUUAUCGUGGUUUAUUGUUGGAUACUUCUCGUCAUUAUUAUACAACUGAUGAUAUUAAAAAAGUGAUUGAAACCAUGUCAUGGAAUAAAUUCAAUGUAUUUCAUUGGCAUAUGCUUGAUUCUACCUCUUUCCCUUAUCAAUCCAAAGCAUAUCCUCAAUUAGCUGAAAAGGGAGCCUAUAGUCCUCGACAUGUUUAUUCAGCCAAAGAUAUUAAAGAAAUUGUCCAAUUUGCCAAAGACCGUGGUGUUCGAGUGAUACCUGAAAUAGAAGCUCCUGGUCAUUCUACAUCGUGGGGUUAUGGUCUACCUGAAAUAGUAUCUUGUCUCGACGUGGUACCUUAUACUGGAUAUACUGUUCAACCUCCAUCAGGACAAUUAAAUAUUGCUAGCAAGAAAACCAGAAAAGUGAUUCAUACCAUCAUCGAUGAAUUUGCUCAACUUUUCCCUGAUAGUUAUUUCCAUGCUUCUGGUGAUGAAGUAGUAUAUGGUUGCUGGACAAAUGAUACCUACGUAGCUGAUUACUUGAAAAAACAUGAUAUGACUAUUCAAGAAUUAUUCAGUGAGUUUGUGAUGGACAUGCAAGAUUAUAUUCGUUCAAAGAACAAGACAGUGAUCACUUGGCAAGAAAGUGUAUUGGAAUACAAUCUUACUUUACCAAAGGAUACUAUUGUUCAAGUAUGGGUUGGUUCUCCUGGUGUCAAGGCUGCAACUGAAAAAGGUUAUCGUACCAUUGUAUCUUCAAGUGAUUAUUGGUAUCUUGAUGUUGGUUUUGGCAAACCUCGUAGUAAUCCUUAUCCUGACGUUCCUGGUGCCGGUUUUAAUCAUUGGAAUAGAAUGUAUUCUUAUGAUAUGCGUGCUAAUCUUACUUCACAAGAAGCUGAUUUAAUCAUUGGAGCAGAAACUGCUCUGUGGGGUGAACUUGUGGACCAUACUAAUUUUGAAAGUCGAAUUUGGCCUCGUGCAUCCACUGUGGCUCAUGUACUUUGGUCUGGUUAUGAGACACCUAAAGGGGAAAAACUGACAAGUGCAGAUGCUAUUCUUCGUUUAUUCCCUUGGAGAGAAAGGAUGUUAUUGCGUGGUACUAUGGCUUCUCCUCUUAAUCAAGGUUUUUGUACAAGAAAUCCUUUAGAUUGCUUCCAACCUUCUGAAUCCACUUUACCUCAAUAA